ACACCUGUUGAUUGGUUGCCUGGCAACAGACAGUCACCAAGCUUCCAGGGCUUAUUUUGUAUAGCUUAUUUGUUUAUAUUAUAAAAUAAAUAAUAAAGUUGUAAUCAUGGAAGUUAAGAAUUUGGAAACCUACGCUAUUAUUGGCUUCGAUGGAUCAGCCAUUAAAGGCCUCAAGAUCCACCCAGAUGCAGAACAUGUGGUGUACCCUAUGGGCAAUAAAGUGUGCAUUCAGAACUGGAAGUCCAAAAAGAUGGCGUUCCUCAGCGGGCAUACCAACAGUGUUUCGACUGUGGCUAUUUCUCCAAAAGGCUCAUUCAUUGGCUCCGGCCAGAUUAACCACAUAGGCUUCAAGGCUUCGGCCAAAGUAUGGGAUUUCCAUAAGAAGAUAAUGAUUGGGACCCAUGAGCUGCAUAAGGUGCGUGUCGAAGCCCUAACCUUCACCUCAGACGAGCGCUACAUGGUAUCCCUGGGUGGUCGCGACGACGGAUGCGUUGUCCUCUGGGACUGCUUCAACGCAGCUGCAACAGGAACAGCCGCUGCCACCAAACUGACCACGGGAGACGCAAUGACCCUCACGCCUUUGAAUUUAAGGCCCAGCUCCUUUGUUACUGGCGGGGACUCCAAUCUCCGCAUAUGGAACAUACGUGCCGAGAGCAAAAACCUGGACGUGGUGGAUGUUUCUCUUGGCAAGUUGAGGCGCAGCGUGCGUUGUCUGGCCGUCAGCAAAGAUGAUACUUACGGCUACGCUGGCACAACAACUGGAGACAUGAUCAAGUUCUCAAUCAACUACCCGCCGGAGCCAACGGCGUCGCUGGCAAACAUUAAGCCGGCGCUAUUGGGCUGUCUCGCCAAGUGCGGGCCCUUCAAGAAGGGCAAGAAACCUGACGCCAUUUGCUAUAGCCAAGGUAUCGAAGCAAUCCUGAUCAUGGACGAUGGGUGCCUGAUCGUGGGCGGCGGAGACGGCACUAUCGACAUCCUGGACGAGAUCAACUGGACCGGAGAGUUCCCCAAGGGGAAGAUCCUGGAUCCUUGCAGGCCCCACUUCAAAGCUUUAAAAACCACGAAGCUAGCCGGUUCGAUAACCUCAAUGGAGCUGAUGGAGUCCUUCAAUAAGAAGGGGGACAAGCGUCUCCUCCUGGUGGGAACUCGCUCAAGUGAAAUAUAUGCUAUCAACCUGGCCACCUUCGCGCCCGUACUCGUGGUCACCUGCCAUCGGUGUGCCAUCAACGAUAUCGCUUUCCCCAGAGGAAUGUCUGGCGUUUUCGCCACAGCCGGGUCGGGCGAUGUCCGUGUGUGGUGUCUCGAGACUUGCCAAGAGCUGCUCAGGAUUGUUGUGCCAAACUUCGUGUGCUCCGCUGUUCUGUUCUCGAGCGACGGCAAAUCCAUCGUCAGCGCGUGGAACGACGGCAAUAUCCGCGCGUUCACCCCCCUGACUGGUAGGCUGAUGUACUGUAUCUUCAACACUCACAACAAGGGCACAUCUGCGCUGGACAUGACUAAAGAUGGACGGACUCUUAUAUCUGGAGGCUGCGAAGGACAGGUGAGAGUAUGGGACAUCAAACCCGAGUCGCAGAUGCUGAAGAAGGUCCUGAAGGAGCACAAAAGCCCCGUGUCGGCCAUCCAGGUGUCCCCCAACGACACAGAGGCCGUCAGCGCGGGCACCGACGGCUCUGCUAUCAUUUGGGACCUCAUUUCGCUGUCCCGUCGUCAAGUGAUGUACGCGAACACACUGUUCAUGUGUAUCUGCUUCGAGCCGCUCGGCUGCCAGCUGCUGACCGGCGGCACCGACCGGCGCGUGGCCUACUGGGAGACCGGCAGCGGCAACCUGGCCAGAGAGUUAGAGGCCAGUAAGGUGGGCGCCAUAAAUGGGCUGGACAUAACUCAGGAUGGUUCGUUAUUUGUCACGGGAGGCAACGAUCAAAUGGUCAAGCUGUGGCGGUAUCAGGAAGGCAUAUACACACACAUGGGGCUGGGGCACGCGGGCGCGGUGACGUGCUGCCGCUUCAGCCCGGACGCGCGCCACAUCGUGAGCGCGUGCGCCGCCGGCAGCGUCAUCGUCUGGAAGAUGCCAGAGCAAUACAAGAAGGAAGCGCCGCCGUCAGCGAAGGGGAAAGUGGUGCCCGAGUCACCGAAGACCCUGGAGGAGGAGCUCAAGCUGCCGCUCAGCGACAAACCCACGCAAAAGGCUGGCGGCGAUCGCCAGUACAAGAUACCUUCUGCGCCUUCCAAGAUAAAGGAGGAGAAGAUUGAGGCGAUGGACACGACCCGCAGCAGCGUGCACUCGUGCUGUCCGUGCGAGGUCGCGGGCAAGCCUGGGUCCAACAAGUCCACGCCCAAAACUGCUCGCAGUUCAGGAAGGUCGUGCUGCAGGCCGCCGAGGCCGGAAGAUAAUCUACCAACGAGAACAACAAGUAAGGAGUACGUGAGUAGUGGUGGUGGGGACAGGAAGUAACCGUUUGUCUUGGUGUUCAUCAUAUCAGAUUGUAUUUAAUAUUUAUUAUUAAAUUUGUAUUUUUAUAA